AAUAAUGUUGUGUGUUUAGUAAAAAUUUGUUCUUAAUUCCUUAGUGGGAAGUCCAUUGGAUGCAGCGUAUGCGUAUGCACUCAGUUUUCCGCACAUGCCAGUAAAUUAACUUUAAUUUUCCGUUUCAUCUCUUUCAGGGCCUUGAGAAUUGCAGUUCGUCGAAGUUCCAAUUUCUCUCUUGUGGUGGAUAAUCCGAAGAAUCUGAAGUGGGGGGAGCCUGCAAAUGCUCAUUGAAUUGUUUAAUCUCAAAGGGGGGAAAACCAAUCGUAUUUUUACCCCCCACAUCACAUCAGCCUCUAUGGGAGUGUUCAAGUUGACUUUACAGCGAGAAUUCCAAAGGCGGACGCAAGGGGCUGUGGGGUCGUGCUCGAACUUCGACGGGGAGAAUCUUCAGCAUAGGAAUCGUACUGAAUAAAGGAGUUACAACAAGGAGAGAGGCUGAACCUUGCGUUGCGAUUGCUUCCGGUUGAGGCUGCAAAAGAAACUUCAGCGGUGGCACAAGCUUUUGAGAAGAUCGUUCUGCAAAACUCUGUCGUGUUCAUGUUCAUGUUCAUGUUCCUGUUCUUCUUCUUCUUCGUGGGCAUUUCAGGAACAGUGCAGAAAUAAAUACCCACUUGGGAAUCUGCUGGAAUCUUUAUAAUUCGUUGGUUCUUCUUCUUCCUUAGAUGGGCUGGAAUUUCUUCUUCCGGAUUUGUAUCUGAUAUUGGAUUGGUUUAGACUAUAUUUGAUUCAGUACUACGAGGUCUUACGGAGCUUGGGAUUUUCUGGGGAUUCUUUUUCUUUUUUAUGGAUGAUAGUAUGUUAUCUCCAGCUACAAUGUUGGAAGCUCCAGCUGAUACUGCCAUGGAUUUGGACUAUAUGGAUGGGCUGCUUUUGGAUGGUUGCUGGUUAGAGACAGCAGAUGGUACGGAGUUUCUUCAUCAUAGUCCCUCAAGUUUUGGUGUCAACUUAGACCCUUUAAUUGGAUGGCCUGCUAUAGAGAUAAAUGGGGAUUUCAACAUGGGCCAGAUUACGCGGAGUAAUCAAGAAGAACCAAGGAAGAUCUCGACCGAUGAGACGUUUUUGGGUCGGGAAAAUAUUGAUGGAGGGCAGGAGGGAUGCUCUGGUCGAUCAGAAAACAAUGCUUUAGAAGGUUCUGAAUCGUGCAGAAGACUGUGGAUAGGACCUGGGGAGCAUCUUGGUUCUGGAUCUUCUGUGAUGGAGAGACUAAUCAGGGCGGUCGGGUAUAUCAAAGAUUUCGUAAGAGACAAAGAUGUUCUUGUACAAGUAUGGGUGCCUAUAAAUAGAGGGGGAAGAAGUUUUCUCAUCACAAAUGACCUCCCAUUCACUCAGAAUUCCAGCUGCACAAGACUUGCAAAAUACCGGGACAUCUCUGUGAAAUAUGAAUUCACAGCUGAUGAGGAUUCUAAAAAAGCUUUGGGAUUGCCUGGUCGGGUGUUCUCAAGAAAGGUUCCCGAGUGGACUCCGGACGUUCAAUUCUUCAGAAGCGACGAAUAUCCGAGAGUCAAUCAUGCUUAUGAGCAUGAUGUACGUGGAACUAUAGCACUUCCUAUUUUUGAACAAGGCGGCAGGAAUUGUUUAGGGGUCAUUGAAGUUGUCAUGGUUACCCGUCAGAUAAAAUAUGGUUCAGAACUCGAAAAUGUUUGCAAAGCCCUUGAGGCAGUAAAACUUAGGAGCUCUGAUGUUAUUGGGCACCCCAACAAACAGGUAUUUAACAGGUCCAAUGAAGCUGUACUAUUACAGAUUGAAGACACUUUGAAAUCUGCUUGUGAAACGCAUGGAUUGCCUUUGGCACAAACUUGGGCACCAUGUAUCCAACAAGCUAUGGAGGGUUGCAGGCAUUCUGAUGAGAACUACAUUUGUUGUGUUUCUACGGUAGACCGGGCUUGCUAUGUGGCCGAUCCAUGUAUUCGGGAAUUCCACGAGGCAUGCUCUGAGCAUCAUUUGCUAAGAGGCGAAGGCAUUGUUGGGAUGGCAUUUAAAUCUAACGAGCCGUGUUUCUCAAGUGAUAUUACAUCCUUUUGUAACACAGAAUAUCCUCUCUCUCACCAUGCCAAGUUGUUUGGAUUACAUGCUGCAGUCGCAAUACGCCUCCGUAGUAUGCAUAUUAGUAAAGCCGACUUUGUUCUAGAGUUCUUCCUGCCUGUAAAUUGUAGAGAUCCUGAAAAGCAGAGAAUGUUGCUUACUUCAUUGUCCACAAUUAUACAAAGAUCUUGCCAGAGCUUGCGGCUUGUUACAGAUGAGGAGUGUAGGGAGGAAAAAAUGCAACAAUCUUGCAGAAGUUUACAUCUUGUUACCGAUGUUAAGCUUGGGGAGGAAAGCAAUUCGCCAUUCAGAGAUGCAGGUGUCAGUGCAAAUGGGCGAUUGGGCAUGCAGGAAAUGUCCAAGGUACAACAUCAUCAGUUAGAAAUGAGUCAUCCAACAAAUUCAUUGAUAACUUCUUCUGUUCAAAACAUCCAACAAUGUGGUGGUUCUGUCUCAUUAUUCCAUGAGGGUAAAACCACGGAAGGCUUAAGUUCCUCCGGUUAUCAGCAUCACGAAUUAAGCUACGACCUGAAUGGAGUUGUUGAGGACAGUGAAGAGUGCACAACCAUGACUAAUGGUAGCUUUUCUGAUAUGGUUAUCGGAAGAACAGGCGAGAGAAGGCGAACCAAGGUGGACAAAACUAUCACCUUACAAGUUCUUCGACAAUAUUUCGCGGGAAGCUUAAAAGAUGCUGCAAAGAGCAUUGGAGUUUGUCCAACAACUUUGAAGAGGAUAUGUCGACAACAUGGAAUUAAACGUUGGCCUUCUCGAAAGAUAAAAAAGGUCGGUCACUCGUUGCAGAAACUCCAACUCGUUAUUGACUCGGUGGAAGGUGCGUCGGGUGCUUUUCAAAUUGGCUCCUUGUAUACCAACUUCCAGGAGUUGGCCUCUCCAAAUCUAUCAGGUUCAGGCACACUUCUAAGUGCAAAGAUGGGAGACUGCGUGAAAACAUCAAGCAAUCAGAAUGAAGUUGGGAUGAACAACCUUCAAGCUGCAGCAUCAAAAUCUCCAUCCUCUUCGUGCAGCCAGAGCUCGAGUUCGAGCCAGUGCUUUUCUAGUCGGAGCCUUCAAAAUCCUCCCCAUUGGAACGAUGUUGGUAGUGAAGAUCAAAUGGGUGGAGAGAAUCCUUGUGAUGGAGAGCUAAAGAGGGUCAAAAGUGAAGUAGAGCUACAUGUCUCAACUAUGGAAGGACCCAACGUUCCAAGAAGAUCCCAAAGCUGCAAAUCUCUCUGCAAACAUCCUGCCACUGAAUGUCUAAUACACUCAGCAAAAGAAGGCGAACGAAAAGCUGAAGCAAACGAAGUUCAGAGAGUAAAAGUCAGCUACGGGGAAGAGAAAUACCGGUUUCGAGUGCAUAACGGUUGGGGAUACGAAGAGUUACUUAAUGAAAUCGCAAGACGGUUUAGCAUCAGUGACAUGAGUAUAUUUGAUCUCAAGUACUUAGAUGAUGAAUCUGAAUGGGUGUUAUUAACAAGUGAUACAGAUCUGCAGGAGUGUUUUCAUGUUUACAAAUCGUCUCGGAUGCAAACAAUAAAACUUUCGCUUCAGGUGUCUCGUUGCCAUAAGAAAAACUAUGUCGCCAGCAGUGGCUUCUCAUGAACUUGCAAUGGCCACACUCCAUUGCAAGAAACUAUGGAGGAGCCACAAAUGCUUUUGAUUUCCCCAUUCCAAAAAGGACUCAAUUUUUUUUAAAGUCUUGGUUUAGAUUUCAGGUGGGAAGCCAUAAGAGCAUGCAAAAAUGUUUUCUCAAUUUGAAGACAAGAAAGAAAGUCCACUCAACACAACUCUUGGAGGCAUUUUCUUGCCUGUUUAAGAAGCAAGCAAAGCCAAGCCUGUGUCCUUUGGGGUUGCAUGCUACCUCAGAUAUGUAAAUUAGUUCUCUCUCUCUCUCUCCUCUUUUUCUCUCUCUUAGCAAUUUAAAAAUAGCUUUUAUUUUGGUUUUUUUUUUUUUUUUUGACUUUUGGGUUUUGUAUGUAAAUUUGACUUGUUGAGGGUGACAUAAUUGUGGCUGAGCUGGGAAAGACUUUUCUGAAGGAACAAAUAUUUUAUAUGCUCUGACGUCAACAUCUCUGUUGGCAACAGAAUCAUCAAUUAUUAAUUAUUAAUUAUUGCUUA